ACAGAGCCUGGAACUAACAACAGCAGAGAGAGAGAGAGACGAGGGAGGUGGGGGCACUCCGAGAGAGAAAGAGAGGCGGGCACGGAGAGGAUGAGCUUUUGCUCACAGCUGCCAGCAGAGCAUCUCAAAACACUAAAAAAGAGGAUUUCUCCUUCUUUUUUUGUUGGUCGUGUUUGCCCCCACAUUAUUUGCUUCACCCCCGCCUUACCAGAACUCACCAUCACGAUCACAAGUAGCAGCAGCAACAGCAGCAGCAGCAGCGGCGGCAGCACCACCACCUCUCCACCCACUGCUUUUCUUUCUCGGGUUAUUUCCCCGCAGCCUGGCAGACGUACAGAUGCUCAGUCGGAGAGAGCCAAAUUGGUAGAGGAGGCGAAGGAGGCAAGCGGCAUCUCUAGUGUGUUCAUGAGCUGAGUGAUGUCAAAGCCUGCAUAAAGCCACGAGAUUUAAAACAGCACAAAGAGCCUGAGGGGGUCACCAAGACAGGGUGAUGAUAGAGCUUCCCAAGCUGGACACAAUGUGCUCGUGCAAAUGUCUGCUUUCACCUGAGCUCCACAUAAGACCGCUGAAAUAAUUGGAGCGUAUGAUUGGAUGUCGCCAUUAGAAUAUUUUACACGUUUUUUUCUUCAGUAUUAUUCUAUGUGCUUUAGUAAACACAGAUUUGUGUGACAACCUCACCAACAGUUUACACUUUACAAGACUCCAGAAAUAACCUUGAAUCAAAGAGAUCAAAGUGCAUCUGACAGUUCUGUGUUUGACAGUGCAGAGAAAAGUCACUUCAGUGAAUUGAAAAGGAACUCCAAAAGAGCAGCCGGAUAUCAGUGUGUGCCUAGUACACUGUGGUUUUAGCAUAACAACCAGACUCUAGAGCAGUCAGCUGAAUAUUUGAACAAAAUAUUUUAAACAAAGCAGUCUGGACAAUUCAAGUGAAAAAGCAGACCUGUAUACAAAUUAAUUCCGAUAUAUGCAGGUCUUUUAAUUUAUAUUGAAAUUAAAAAAUAAAAAAAAUGAAAGAAGCAAAAAGAGUGCUGCAAGCCUACCUGGUCUUGAGUUUUGCCAGAGCAUUGGUCAUCCAAUCUGUGCCCUGGAAAGUACCUUGUCCAUACCAGUGUGUGUGUCAGAUUAAACCCUGGUAUUCCCCUCGAUCGGUCUACCGGGAAGCUCCCACUGUGGACUGCAAUGACCUUCUUCUGUCACACCUUCCUGCUGCCCUUCCUGCUGAGACCCAGACUCUUCGUCUGCAAAGCAAUCGGAUAAGCUCGCUGGAUGAAGCAGAGCUCCAGGGCCUCACCAACUUGACUGAACUAGAUCUCUCUCAAAACAGCUUUCUCAGUGCUCGUCACCUGAGAAUAAGUAACAUGCCUAGGUUGUUGAGUCUGCAUCUAGAAGAGAACCAACUGAAGCACCUGCCAGAUUCAGCUUUCGUGGGUCUGCCAGGUUUGCAGGAGUUAUACCUCAACCACAAUCAGCUGAGGAACAUUUCACCGGGAGCCUUUUCAGGCUUGGACAACCUUUUAAGACUUCACCUCAACUCCAAUCGACUUCGCUCCAUUGACCGCCGCUGGUUUCAUGCUCUACCGCAACUGGAGGUUCUGAUGAUAGGAGGCAAUCCAGUAGAAGUUAUUCAAGACCUGAACUUCAAACCCCUGUUUUCCUUGCGCAGCCUUGUACUUGCUGGGAUGGGCCUCAAGGAACUUUCUGAAUGGGCAUUGGAAGGGCUGGCAAAUUUAGAGAGCAUUUCAUUUUAUGACAACCGUCUUACAAAAGUACCCAAAAAAGCCUUAGAGAAAGUUCCAGGGUUAAAGUUUCUAGACCUGAACAAAAACCCAAUCCAGUUGAUCUUACCUGGAGAUUUUAAGAAUAUGCUUCAUCUUAAAGAACUUGGACUUAACAAUAUGGAUGAGCUAGUGUCUAUAGAGUACUUUGCCUUGGAGAACUUGCCAGAGCUAACAAAGCUGGAGAUAACCAAUAAUCCACGCCUGUCGUAUGUCCACCCAAGGGCCUUCCAGCAUCUGUCUAGCAUGGAGAGCCUAAUGCUGAACAGCAAUGCUUUGAGCGCCUUACACCGACAGACCAUACACUCCUUACCAAGCCUUCAGGAAAUUAGUUUGCACACCAACCCAAUACGCUGUGACUGCCUGAUUCGCUGGGUUGGAGCAGAAGACGACAGACCUGUUCGUUUCAUCGAACCCCAGUCUACAUUUUGCUCUGAGCCACCUGAGCUGAAGUCUCGGAAAUUGAAGGAAGUCUCUUUUCGAGAAAUGGCUGACAGCUGCUUACCUCUGAUUGCUCCAGGAACCUUCCCUUCUCACAUACGGGUGAGGCCAGGGGGUAGCCUGACUCUUCACUGUCGAGCAUUAGCAGAACCAGAACCUAGCAUCUACUGGGUCACUCCGACAGGUCUCAAACUCGCAUCCUCUACAAGUGUUGGACGAUUUCAGGUCCAUUCUGAAGGGACUCUGGAAAUCUAUGGAGUCGUACAAGAUGAUGCCGGCCUGUACACUUGUGUGGCCCAUAAUCUCGUGGGGGCAGAUACCCGCAGCGUGAAUGUGAAAGUGGAUGGCUAUAGAAAGACCCUGUCAGUAAGCAACAAGAGAAUGAGCAGCAGCAUAAAGAUGGAAGUACAAGAGGUCUCCUCUCGUUAUGCCCUAGUAUCAUGGUUCAUCGAUCGCAAUGUGCCAUCUGCAAAGCUCUCUUGGCUCGCAAAUGGAAGUCUAGAGGACAACCAUCUACACAGCACUCGGCUCCUUGCAGGAACCCAAGGAUUCAACCUCACCCACUUGCAGCCUGAUACUUUGUAUAAAGUGUGCCUCCACCUUGGUCCAAACGACACCUCUUGUCUAUACCUCAGGACUAAAGAGGCCCCAGCCCCACCCGUUUCACCUGAUCUAACUCCAGCCAUUCUUCUGACAGCUUUUGCUCUGCUCUUGCUGCUAGCUGUCAAGGCCUGUCAAGGGGAAAUGCCGGCCGCAUUUAAGGAGCCAGAUCCAAACAUAGAACGACCAAAGAAGCCCCUCAUCGGCCCGCUAUACUCCACCAGCACAGAUUGUCACAUGGUCAUACCACCACCACCAACAGAGCGGCAGAAUGCAGCACAAGACACCAAAAUGAGUGACACUUGUGACAGGAUCCAAAAGGACAUCUCUAUUGACCAGAACAACAAGUCGGAAGCUUCAUGAGUUGGGCAAAGCUGAUAUGAUGAUGUUAAAAAAAAAAAAAAAAAAAAAAACAAAUAAACAUGUCUGUGAGCGAGUGACAAAGAACUAAAGUCUUCACUUUAGAAGGAGUCCAUCUGAACAAACAUUAUUCUGAAGAAAGGCGCCAUUAUAUUUUACUUUUUUAUUGAUAGAACAUAUGAAGAAAUUGGCCAUGAAAAACUUUAUAUAUAUAUAUAUAUAUAUUUAUACAUAUAUAUAUAAAAAUAUAUAGCUCUUGUGCAUAGGGUAUAAUGGGAUGGACUGUGAGACGUGAGGUUUAUUAUUAUGAUUAAAAGGAACAAAGAGGGGAAAAAACAGUGCAGUGAGAGACGCAUCCAAACGAUUACCUGGCUGGAUUUUGGUGAGUGGAUGAAGAUGGUUGCUGAGUUCCUUUCUGAAAUUUCUAGCGUGUAGAUGUCCUUUGAUUUGCUAGUGACACAUCCAUCUUCCAUUACUCCAACAUCAGGGAUUAGAGCCUGUUGGAAAGAUGGCUAACAGGUCAGUCAGGACGUUUCCCAGGCGCCGCCAAGGACCAGCAUGUUGUGACACUUGUUAAAGGCCACGCAACUUGGCACAAUUUUGCUGUGCUUCAUCAUGUUUCUAUAUGGGCAGGGAAGGUGGUCAUUUAAAAUCUGAGUAGUAUGGCUUUGCUAUCUCGUGGUCCUUGAGAACUGGAAAAAGACCAAGAAAGGCUCUGGUGUUCACACCCUGAAUUUAGCUGGACCACCCUGGUGUGUCUGUUCAUGAGGGUUUAAAAGGUGUGCUUUUGAAUCUCCCUGAGCUUCAUUUAUGGAGGACAGUGCAAGUCUUGACUCAAGGUAAGUUGUGGCACUGUAGGGAGAAGUGCACCUACUGUUGGGAUCUGGCAGCCAAAACAUGUUUGAAUUGUAAGUGUGAACAAAAGAAUUUAGAUGGCUGCCAGUAUGACAUGAACUGUGUGGACAACCAAGACGUGCUCUUUGCCCUCUACACUCCACCAUAGUCUCAUUUGGUUAUACCUUGUCCACUCUGACUGCAGAAAACUAUUGAAUGUGGAGGGUGACCAUCCUGUUCAUCAUCCACUGCCUUUACUUUUUUCCAUCUUGUCCUCAUCUGAGUGUCAACUCAUGACAAGCAGCCCUUCAGAUCGGAAGGCCAUUUGAUAAAUUUUUUCUGACUUAAUUCAAAAUGUUUUUCUAAAGUGGAAGGAUGGACACACCAGUGUUUAUAUGAAGAUGUGCCAGGCCAGGCCUCUCCUGUUUCUUACUGCAGGUUAGGUUAAUUGGUGACACUAAAUUGGCCCAUCUAGGGUGAGUGCGCCUAUCUAGGGUUGUUUCCUGCCUGCAACCCUUUAUUAGAUUACGCCAGCUUGAUAAAGGAUGGGUAGCGUCUGUGUGAUUUCAGGACUGGCUAGAUAAUGGGGAAGACAACUAAGAGGAAAACACAAAAGGAAUGGCACUGCAAAUGGGCUGACAACCUCAUAGUUACUCUGAUCCAUUAGCUGAAAGUCCAAUAUUAAUUGAUGAUUUUCAAAGUGAUAAGAGAAAGGAGAAAUUUAUAUAGUGUGCUUUUCCGGACAUAAGGCCGAUAUUGAAUUACGGGAUUGACUGUCAGGUGUUGUUGUCUUUAUUUUACUUUUUUUCUUGAUCCCAGCACUUAUUUCUAUAGGCUUUUGGCUUCUGUUCUUUGUGUUUCUAUUUUCUAGGCUCCAUCUUUACACGCUUCGAGCAAAGUCUCUUGGGGCAUUGUGUGUUUUUUUUUUGUCUUUGUUUUACAUCUCUCAAAAGAACCCAUAACAUUAACACAAAUGGAUUUUUAAAAUGAAGGGAAUUCAGUAGCUGGUAUAAAAAAGGUCAUUAAGGCAGCCACUGUGUAAGCUUAACCAGAGAAGAAGCUAAAGCAGACGGCAUGAUGAAAGGCAGAUUGGACGCCACGGCCCGGCAAGCAGACUCGUCCCCACGCCGGCUCCUUCUUUAUACCAAUGUUCCUGGUGCCGACAUGUCCCAGCGUGACGUCCCUGGUGCCAACAUGUCCCUGCAUUGUUUUAUUUUGUAAAUGAUGUGGUCAGUGUGUCUCUGUCUCUUAGUUCCAGCCUCCAGCUCUCUGCUCCACAUUUUCUAUCUAAUGGCUGUAAAUAAAAGAUUCUGGAUUUCCUAACUCAAUGUCCUGCUCUCUUUCAAGGAAAAUUUAGAUGAUGAUUGUGUGUUAAAUUCUAUUUUGAGCAAUUAUUAAAAAAGGUUUUUGGAAUGAA